AUGGCAGCUCCACCGCCGCCACCUCAAGGAGGGCUAUCUCUCUACGAGAACCUGCUGGAUCCCAAUGAUACGCCUUCAACCUCAGCGACAAUAUCUUCAGCCCCUGUUCUGUACAGCCAAACAGAAGACACAUCUGCAGACAUUACCGUCAAGAAGCCCAUUGAUCCCGCCCUUCGCUUUCAACCUAUACGUCGUCCACAGGUGAAGCAAGCCAAGCCAAAGCCAGCAUUCCCCAAGCCAGCUGUAUCUAAGCAGGCUGUGAAUCCUGCUCCUCUCGCUCCUGUGCAACCGAAGACUACUCUUGCAGACUGGGCUGCAACUGAGGAAGAUGAGUGGAUGUAUGGUAUGGGUGAAAAGCGUCAGCGUGGCGGUCGCAAGAAGAAGAAAAAGAGACAACAAGAGGAAUUUGAGACGAACUGGGACGAUAUUUACGACCCUACACGGCCAACUAAUGUUGAAGAGUACCUGCAUAGUGAUGAGAAAGUCCAAGAGGUCAGAGAUUGGAAAGCCUUGCUUUAUAGGCACCGGCGUGAACGCGACGAAAGCGACCUCUCAGACGAGGACGAGGAUGAACAAACCCGGCAUGUUCCUUCAAAUCAGUUUGCUCCACCUUCGUCAUAUGCUUUCGUACCACCACCGCCUCAAUCACCCCCAGCAGGACCAACUCCAGGCGAUGUUAGUGGGGACGAUGCAUUUGCUCGCCGUGUAGCUACAUCUCAAGGGGAAGCUCCUCCGCCUGCUGCACAAGCAUCACCCUCUCAGCCUUCCAAUUCCGCGACCAUAUCACGCGCUCCCGUAAGAUAUUCAAAGCCACAUGACGACGAAGACGGAACAGAGGAUAAUGUCGAUGACGAUGCGUAUUCUCCGCCGCCAGCUCUUGGGUCCAGUCUUCCGGAACAACCUGGUGAUGAUGCUCAGGCUCGGUCAAGCCGUCCAGGCCAGUUUGGUUUUGCCCAUCGAUUGAUGAGCAAAUAUGGAUGGACAAAGGGCAGUGGCCUUGGUGCUGAUGAGUCAGGAAUUGUCAACCCUUUGCGUGUUCAAGUUGAGAAGCGGCGGAAGAAAGCCGACGCAGAUGGCGGAGGAUGGGCCGAGCCAGGUGGUAAGGGUAAGAUCGUUGGUGGGAAGCGCAAAGAGGAAAACACAGGCAAGUUUGGUGCUAUGAGUGAUGUCAUAGUACUGCGCAAUAUGCUUGAGAACAUGCCGAAUCUUGAGGAGGAGAUUGCAGGAGGUUUGGGACAAGAGAUUGGAGAAGAGUGUGGAGAAAAGUACGGGCGCGUGGAGAGACUAUACAUUGACCAGGAAAGUCGCAGAGUGUUUAUCAAGUUCACAAAUCAAGUUUCAGCCCUUCGGGCAGUCAACGAACUAGAUGGUCGUGUAUUCAAUGGUAAUACAAUAGUCCCCGAAUUCUUCGAUACAGAAAAGUUUGAGCAGGGUAAGUAUCACUAA